AUGAAAGAGGAGUUACAUCGUGGUCACAAUGGUGUCGAGUCAACUUUGAGGAGAGCUCGUGAUCAUCUCUACUGGCCAGGCAUGAGUAAAGAAAUCAAGGAAUUUAUUCAAACGUGUGCCACAUGCCAAGAAAACUCUAUCUCACAGCCUCCCCAGCCUUUAAUGCCUCAUCAGAUUAUUGGAAGACCAUGGGCCAAGGUUGGAAUUGAUCUCUUCCAUCAUGGUCAUGACAAUUAUCUGCUCAUGGUCUGUUAUUACUCCAAUUUCUUUGAAAUGGAAAAGCUACAGAGGACAACUGCCCCUGCAGUCAUCAAGAAGCUGAAACACCAUUUUGGGAGAUAUGGAGUACCUGAAAUCAUCGUAUCAGACAACGGUCCUUCUUUCUCCUCUAGAGAAUUUGCUGAAUUUGCAAAAAAGCUUGGAGUUGAGCACAAUACCAUCUCUCCAUACAACAGCAAAGCUAAUGGCAAAGCAGAGUCUGCUGUCAAGACUGCAAAAAGACUACUUACAAGAUGCAAGGAUACUGGUGAUGAUGUUGAUCUAGCCUUACUCAACAUUCGCAACACCCCUACACAAGGUAUCCAGAGUAGUCCAGUCCAAAGAUUCAUGGGUCGUCGGACUCGUACUCUCAUCCCCACUUCAACUCGGUUGCUUGCACCUGAUCGCAACCCACAGGCUGAUCUUGAGAAACUGAAAGAAAGCCAGAAACGUCAAGCAAAGUAUUUCAACAGAGAUACAAGAAAGUUGAAAGAUCUCUCACCAGGAGCAGUAGUAAGAGUCAAGCCAUUCAACAAUGACAAGAAGUGGAAGAAAGCAGUUAUCCUUAAGAAACUGGAUGACCGUUCCUAUGAAGUUCGCUGUGAGGGCCAGGUUCUCAGAAGGAACAGAGAACACCUCAGAGCCACAUCUGAACCACAAGAUGUACGACACUGGGCCUGCUCUUUUCAACUGGAGACGUUCUGA